AUGUUGCUAGGACCGAACGGCUGCGGGAAGAGCACGCUCCUGCGCUGUUUGGGAGGGCUGUUGCAGCCGGACAGCGGCACGAUCGGCACUGAUCGUCCGGUUGGCUUCGUGUUCCAGAAUCCUGAUCACCAGGUCGUCAUGCCAACCGUCGGCUCGGACGUGGCGUUCGGCCUCGGGCGACACGAUUUGAGCCAAGCAGACGUAAUCCAGAGGGUGUCUGACGCCCUCGAGGCCAUGAACUUGAAAGGCUUCAUGGACAGACCCACCCACACGCUCUCCGGCGGACAGAAGCAGCGUGUCGCCAUCGCAGGCGCGCUGGUGGAGGAGCCCGCCUUGUUGCUGCUGGACGAACUGACGACGUUUCUGGACGAAGAGGAGCAGGAGAACGUCGCGGAGGCGGUGGCGAGCGCCGUGCGCAACAACGAGCGCGGCGUGACGGCGGUCUGGGUGACGCACCGCCUCGAGGAGCUGACGUAUGCUGACUCAGCAACCUACAUGGACGAGGGACGCAUUGUGGUGACGGGCGCGCCGGACGACGUCCUCGCGCACAUGAAGAAGCUAGGAGCGCGCGUGUAG